AUGACAGCGCUUGCAGGAGGUUUACCGAGAAUGAUGAGACCGAGUCCUCACCAGAACUACCCGCGGGGAGGAUACUCUCUGGAGGUCUCCACUCCGUUAGGACAGGGUCGGGUCAACCAGCUCGGUGGCGUCUUCAUAAACGGCAGACCUCUCCCCAACCACAUCCGCCAUAAAAUCGUGGAGAUGGCCCAUCACGGUAUCCGGCCGUGUGUCAUCUCCCGUCAGCUGCGAGUGUCCCACGGAUGCGUCUCCAAAAUCCUGUGCCGGUACCAGGAGACGGGCUCCAUCAGGCCGGGAGCCAUCGGAGGCAGCAAGCCAAAGCAAACCGCUUCUCCAGAGGUGGACAAGAAAAUCGAGGAGUACAAGAGAGAAAACCCGGGCAUGUUCAGCUGGGAAAUCAGGGACAAACUACUGAAAGAUGGGAUCUGCGACAGGAACAACGUCCCCUCAGUGAGCGCCAUCAGCCGCAUCAUGCGCUCGAAAUUCGGCGGAGUUGGUGAGGAUGAGGAUGAGGAGGAUGAAGUGGUGAAGAGGGCGAUGGAGGAGAACGAACCGCGGACGAAACACAGCAUCGAUGGCAUUCUGGGGGACAGAUCCAGUCACUCGGAUGAGGGAUCCGACGUGGACUCUGAGCCAGGCCUGCCUUUGAAGAGAAAGCAGCGUCGCAGUCGGACUACGUUCACAGCCGAGCAGCUGGAGGAGCUGGAGAGGGCCUUCGAACGCACGCACUACCCCGACAUCUAUACACGAGAGGAGCUGGCUCAGCGGGCCAAGCUGACGGAGGCUCGAGUUCAGGUGUGGUUUAGUAACAGAAGAGCCCGGUGGAGGAAGCAAGCAGGAGCUAAUCAGCUGAUGGCGUUUAACCACCUUAUCCCUGGUGGUUUCCCUCCAUCAGCGAUGCCAGGCCUGCAGCCCUAUCAGCUGUCAGACAGCCCCUACCCUCCGACUUCUAUAUCUCAAGCCUCCGAGCAGCCCAGCACAGUCCACCGACCGCAGCCUCUCCCGCCCACCUCGGUGCACCAGAGCGGGCUCAGCUCCUCGGCAGGUUCCCAGGAUGGAAGCUCCGCGUACUGCCUGUCUUCUGGACGACACGGCUUCUCAGGAUACUCAGACAGCUUCGUGGCCCCGACAGGACACACUAACACUGUCAACCCGACCAUUAGCAACAGCCUCUCCCCACAGGUGAUGGGCCUAUUGAACCCAGGUGGAGUACCGCACCAGUCCCAGAGCGACUUCGCCCUCUCCCCGCUCACCGGAAGCCUGGAGCCCAACGGAGGCAUGGCCGCUAGCUGUCACGGUUCCCAGCGCCUGGAGGCUCUACCGGGCCUGACCAGUAUGCCCACCCUGCCGAGCACCCAGUCUUACUGCCCACCCUCCUACACUUCCCCAGCCUACGCCGUGGAGCACCACCCUUCCUACCAGUAUGGACAGUACAGUCAGAGCAAGGUGCCUUUCAUUAUAUGA